AUGGUGGAGCCCCCCACCCUGCUGGGCCUGACUCUGCUGCUGCCUCUGCUCUUACCACCCUGGGCGCCCACCAGACCCUGGGCCAGGGAAGUGGUGGUGCUGGCGCCCAUCGAAUUAUGUGGCUCCCUGGGCGACACCGUGACCCUGCCAUGUCACUUGCAACCUCUGGAGCCCGAAAUCCAGCAAGUGACUCUGAUCAGGUGGAAGCGGCUGGAGCUGCUGGGGGACCCCAGCAUUGUGGCCGAAUUCCACUGGCAGCGGGGCCCCAGCAUCACGGAGUCCGACCGUCUGCAGUUCGUGGCCGCCAGGUUAGGUGCGGACCUGCAGGACGCCUCACUGACCAUUAGUGGGCUGAGCCCUGGGGAUGAAGCCAACUACACCUGCGAGAUCCACAUCAGCAUGAUCCAGAUGGGGAGCGCGAGCACCUGGCUCCGUGUGCUCUAUGCUCCCCAGGUCUCCAUCGCCCUCUACGAUGAUACUGGGCAGCAGGGCCACAGAGAGACUAGCCUGACCUGUGAUGCCCGCAGCAACCCGGAGCCCAAAAGCUAUAACUGGAGCACGACCACGGGCCCCCUGCCCCCCUCUGCUGUACCCCAGGGCUCCCGGCUCUUGAUCCAGCCCACUGAGGAGUCCAUCAACACGACCUUCAUCUGCCGCGUCUCCAAUGACCUGGGGACGGGCCAGGCAGCCAUGAGAGUCCAGCUCCCAGGAUUUCCCCGGGAACCGUCACACUCACACUCGGCUCACCGGAUCGGCCUCUGGGUUUCAGGAAUCGUGUUAGUGGCUGUUCUGGGGGCCCUGGUUUAUUUCUGGGGUCGGAGACAGUCCCGUCAGGACCCCCACAGCGCCCCUGAUCACCAGGUUGUCUCCUAUGAAGCUGUGCAGAGUGAAUCCAGCACUUCCCAGGACCCACCGACAGAGGAUACCAGGGGACAGAGGGACCAACCUAGAGAUGCUGGAGCAGGGGCGGGUGAGGUCAGGAUUUGAUACUGUCCUUAGCACAAAGCUCUCCCUGUACACUGAUCCUGCCCCCUGCUUUUAAAAUCCAGAAGCACAGAAGCUAUUUGCAUAGUGGUAUAGUAAUGCUCUUUACUUAGUCGUGCCACAGCAGGUGCCCAGACGCAGUUAUGCUGGUUACUUAGUGUCAUGGCUCAGUUACAAUUCAUGGAAAGGGCCCUGGUGGAUCGGUCAGGGAUACGUCUGGGGACUGUAAAGGCAAAAGUGAGGGUGAGGACCAGAUGGUGGAGCCUUGUGCCUACUACACUAGGUCGCUGUCCUGCUGAACCCCGUGGUGACAACCCUUUCCUGCUGCCCCUAGUUCACUAGCAGGGACUGAGACUGUCCUGGUGCCACACCUGGUCCCCUUCUUUCCUCCAGCCUCCCUCUCUCCUGCAGAAGGACCCUGGUGUCGGCCAUCAGGGCCCCCUGGACAUGCAAGAGAAGCUCCCUACCCAAGGCCCUGAAUCAUGACCCUGCAAAGGCCUUUGUCCAUGUCAGGGACAGUUGUAGGAUAACAUUGGUUUGUCCUUUCUCCCUUGCUACAGGGAGCUUAGGUUUAUUGGGUCACACCUGUCACAGUACUCCCGAGGCACCCCCAUUCCUCUGUGUUUAUCUUUAGCCUCUUCUCUGUGCUCUGCUUCCCCUAUUGGUUAGU